AUGGGUGUUCCCAAAUUCUUCCGUUGGCUCAGUGAGCGAUACCCGGCUAUCUCACAGCUCAUCGCCGAGAAUCGCAUCCCCGAGUUCGACUGCCUCUACCUCGACAUGAACGGCAUCAUCCACAACUGCACCCACAAAGACUCCGAUGUCGCGGUCACCAAGCAUGUCACCGAGGACGAGAUGUUCAUCAAGAUCUUCAACUACAUCGAGCACUUGUUCGGUAAGAUCAAGCCGCAAAAGCUGUUCUUCAUGGCCAUCGAUGGAGUCGCGCCGAGGGCGAAGAUGAACCAGCAAAGAUCUCGACGAUUCAGGACUGCCAGGGACGCAGAAGAGACUAGAGCCAAAGCCAUAAAGGAAGGAACCGAACUGCCAAAAGAGGAUCCAUUCGAUUCGAAUUGCAUCACACCGGGCACAGAGUUCAUGGCAAGACUGACCCAACAACUGAAAUAUUUCAUCGCGAAGAAAGUGAGCGAAGAUAUCGACUGGCAAGGAUGUGAGGUCGUGCUUUCCGGACACGAGGUGCCAGGAGAAGGAGAGCACAAGAUCAUGGAGUACAUCCGCCAAGCAAAGAGCCAGCCAAACUACGACCCAAAUGUGCGACACUGUCUGUAUGGAUUGGAUGCCGAUCUGAUCAUGCUGGGGCUUCUCAGUCAUGACCCUCAUUUCUGUCUGUUGCGAGAAGAAGUCACUUUCGGCCGCCAGGGCAAAUCAAAGAACCAAGACCUCGAGUAUCAGAACUUCUACCUCAUGCACCUGUGCAUCGUGCGCGAAUAUCUCGAGCUGGAAUUCCAGGAGUUGAAAGAGCCGAAUGUCCUUGGUGCGGGCGUGCAGUUCGACAUGGAACGCAUCAUCGACGACUUCAUCCUCAUGGCAUUCUUUGUCGGAAACGACUUUUUGCCAAACUUACCUCAUCUCCACAUCAACGAAGGCGCUUUGGCGCUGAUGUUUGGCGUGUACAAGCAAGUCUUGCCCAAAGCGGGAGGAUACAUCAAUGAAGGCGGUGUCAUUAACCUGAAGCGUUUGGAGCUGCUUCUGGACGCUCUGAGUGAUGUUGAAUACCGCUUCUUCGAACACGAAAACCAGGACGCAAAUUGGCUCAAGGACAAGAGUUUCGUGAAGGAAGAUGUGAUGGAGAAGGUGAAGAGGAAAGGAGGUCAAGUCGUGAUGACCACCGCACAGAGCAAGUUAUACCAGCAGAUCAAGAGCUACGUCAACACCGGCGCGACGACCUUGAGCAAUGAGCACGCUCCUCUCGAUCUGCCGACGACUCUGAAGGCGGCCGACCGGACAUUUGUGACAGAUCUGGCCACCAGCUUGCAUAUGGGCUGCAACAAUGUUGCCGAUGAUGACGGUAACAGACACCUGCAGCUUUCGUUCCCGCAACGACCAGAAAUGGACGGUGAGGAAGACGACGAUGACGAAGAAGCUCAAAACGCUCUCCUCCGCGUUUUCAAGCGAUACGAUCGCGCGAAGAUUGAGGAAGUGAGCGCCGAAGACGCACGAGACAAAGCGCAGCAGAAAUACGAACAGAGAUUCCAGGGCUGGAAGAAUAAACAUUACACCGAGAAGUUCGAAUGGGGUCUCGAGAAUGAGGGAGAAUUGCGCAAUCUCACCGAGAACUACGUUCAAGGCCUGCAGUGGGUGCUCUUCUACUACUACCGCGGCGUUGCAAGCUGGCCAUGGUACUACCAAUACCACUAUGCCCCCAUGAUCAGCGAUGUGAAGAAAGGCCUGGGCGCAAACAUGCACUUCGAGCUCGGCCAACCGUUCCGACCGUUCCAGCAGCUGAUGGGUGUUCUUCCGGAUCGCAGCAAGAAGAUUGUCCCGCCGGUAUACUGGGACCUGAUGACGAGCCCCGACAGCCCAGUCAUCGACUUUUACCCGCGAGACUUUGAGCUGGAUAUGAACGGCAAAAAACAAGACUGGGAGGCCAUUGUCAAGAUUCCAUUCAUCAAUGAGAAGCGGCUGCUCGAGGCCAUGAAGCCCAAAGACGCGAUGUUGACACCCGACGAGCAGCAACGAAAUUCGUUUGGCGUCACGAUGAAGUUCACAUACGACGGCCAGACAAGCUACACCUACCCCUCGAGCUUGCCCGGCAUCUUCCCCGACCUGGAGAAUUGCCAUUGUGUGGAAAACAUUUUCGAACUCCCGACGAUGGAAGGCCUAGACGUGUAUGUCGGACUCGUGGAGGGCGUCAAACUGCGCGAAGCCGCACUGGCCGGCUUCCCGACCUUGCACUCGCUUCCCUUUACCGGACAGCUGGGCUUCCAUGGCGUAAGCGUCUUCCAACAAGACAGCCGCAAUGAGACCAUGGUCGUAACCCUUACGGACGGGGAUGAGAAGGGCGGAAUUGCUCUUGCGAAAGCAAGACUGGGCAAGGCGGUGCACGUUGGAUACCCAUCUCUGCAAGAAGGGAAGGUGACCAGUGUCAGCGACGAGAUGUUCUCGUACCACCUGGGAGAUCUGAAUCUACCGGCUGAAGGGACCAAUGUGAUCCAGCUGCCACAUCCCCCGCAAGGCGUUUCGGAUUGGCGUAAGAAGGCCAGCCGGAUUGAGAAUGUCUAUUCCAAGCGCUUGGGCAUGAUCAUAGGGGGCGUGGAAAGCCUGGUACAGGUUGAAAUGCUGGUGGGCUUGAGAAAGACCGAGCAAGGCGCGAUGAUCAAGGAAUACGCACCCAUACCUGGAAUGGAGCCAGACUACGCCACGCAAACAGUCGUUGAUCACGUUAUCAGCGAAGAUCAGCGCUUCCUGGAGAAGGCAGCUUUGCCAAUCGCGGAAGACUUCCCCAUUGGUACGAAGGCGUUCUUCCUCGGCGACAUGGCCUACGGGCGUCCCUUGGAGGUCACAGGCCAUCAAGGCGAGCGAGCGGAGGUCUGGGUCUCGGUACUCAUGGGCAAGGAGCCCGAGUUCGGACACAGCAUUGCGCGAGCGGCGGAGAAUCAGUUCCCCUACAUUCCCUCGUUCCAGGUCGCGAAGAUGCUCCAUCUGCACCCGCUCGUCCUUUCGAAGCUUACGAGUGCGUUCAACGUCAGUUCUUCCGGAUUGCGGCUGAACUUGGGCCUGAACCUCAAAUUCGAAGCCCGAAAGCAGAAAGUCUUGGGCUACAGUCGGAAAGGAGCGACGGGGUGGGAGUAUUCGCAGAAGGCCAUCGGGCUGCUUGCGGAGUACAUGAGACGUUUCCCCGAAUUCAUCGCGCGGAUCGAAGCCAACCCUACCGGUGACGGAUGGGAGGACACUGCGUUCUACCCAGACCCCCAAGAGGCCAAGGCAAAGAUGAAGGAGAUUGGCAGCUGGCUCAAGACUGUGGAAACGAAAGGUCUCGAGCGCGUGCCACUGGAGGCGGAGCAGCUCGACGGCGAUACGGUCAAGUUGAUUGAGCAGGCUGCCGAUCAGAACAAUCAAAGCGGAGUCCAAAUGCAGGGCAAGAAGAUUGGAAGCGUGCCGCGAAUGGCGUUGCUGAAGCCUUCAGAUGCGGAGCAGAGGACGGGGAAUCAGAGAUUCCGUAUCGGCGACCGCGUGGCUUACGUCCUGGAUAGUGGAAAGGUGCCGAUUGCCAUGCGUGGGACUGUCAUCGGAAUGACGAGGACAACGCGCCAGACGCUAUUGGAUGUCGUCUUCGACUCGACUUUCAUGUCUGGGAGCACUCUCAGCGACCGCUGCUCGCCGUUCCGAGGAAGCACGGUCCCUAGCAAUGCCGUGCUGAAUCUGAGUGACAGGCAGGUUCUUGCGCUGUCUGAGGCAGCCAAGGCCAGAGCACCGCAGUCCAACUACACACCGUUGAGGGCCAGCGGGGCCAAUACGGCGAGUAGCUACGGCAUGCCCGGUGGGCCGCAGUUGCGAGAAGCGUCUGCACCGGCUGCACUACGAGGCGGCUGGAGAGGCGCGGUGGCCGGUGGCCCCAACGGCGGCGCCCCAAGGGGAGGCUACAACCCUCGCGGACAGGGGACAACGAACGGGACAUUCCAACAAAACAUCCCCUAUCACACGCAAACCCCGAACGGCACAGCACGCGGAGGAGCAAAUGGAUGGCGUGGGAGUGGCUCCCGAGGCGGUCGCGCAAAUCCCCAAGGCUUCACUGUGGUGGACAAUGCCGAUCCUACGGAUGGAGUGGUGGCGCAUAACCCACACUUCCGCAAGCAGAACUACACCAAUGUCCCGCCACCGGCUGGAUUGGACGCGGCGAGGGGACGCGGUAGGGGCAGGGGCGGAGAGCGGGGAAGCACGCGAGGUCGGGGAAAUGGUGGUGGAAGGGGAAGAGGCAGAGGCGAGGUGUUGGCCGGCUGA